AUGGGAACCAAAUUUAGCAUACUUUCAUCAACAGGAAUUGAUUUCCAUGAACAAAUUACCAAGAGACUUUUUAAACAUGACAAGGCAAAAUUAGAUCAAUCUUGUCAAUCCACUGGAAAACAAUUCAUAUGUUAUCCAAAAGACAAUAUUGAUGACAAGAAUGAUGAACAUUGGAUUCAAUCAAUUGAUGAAAAUGUGAAAAAUAAUCAUGAAAUUCAAAGUUUUCAUUGUGAUGAAAAUUAUCCUGAUCAAUUCCAAUAUGAUACUAAUGAUGAAUAUGAAACUAACAACGCAAUACAAAGUUUCAAAUCAGAACAAAGCAAACUUCAAAUAGAUGAUGCUAUGAAACAACAGAAAUCUUAUGAUACUGCAAAAAACAAUGAUAACACCAAUUCCAAUGAGUGCGAACAAUUUCUUCAACCUGAGAAACAAUAUCAUGAAAGAAUAAUCAAUAACUUGAAUGAAAAUCCAAACAGAAUGUUACUUGAUGACUUUGAUAAUAAUAAUAGUUUUAAAAUAGAUUAUUUUAAAUUACCAGAAUAUCCUAAUUUAUUAAGAAAUGAUUCAUUUCUGUCAACAUUAUCAAUGAAUUCACUUUGUACUGAAUCCAUCCUAAAUCGUAAUGCACAAAUGAAUGAUGAUGAAUUGAAAAUUCAAGAUCAACAUCUUAUUUCUAACAUACAAAAUCUAAUCAAUAAUUUAAAAUCUUCAAUUGAUAA